GCCACGGUGUGUUCUGUUGCUGCUGCCGCUACCUCGGCUACCGCCGCCGUCUCUGUGGAACUCGGCGAGUAGAACGGCUGAGCCGCGGCCCGGGCGGGGCCAGGGUUCCGGCCACUCUACAGAAUGGAGAUAAUCAGGAGCAAUUUUAAGAGUAAUCUUCAGAAAGUGUACCAGGCCAUAGAGGAGGCGGACUUCUUUGCCAUCGAUGGGGAGUUUUCAGGAAUCAGCGAUGGACCUUCAGUCACUGCAUUAACAAAUGGUUUUGAUACUCCAGAAGAGAGGUAUCAGAAGCUUAAAAAGCAUUCCAUGGACUUUUUGCUGUUUCAGUUUGGCCUUUGCACUUUUAAGUAUGACUACACAGACUCAAAGUAUGUGACGAAGUCAUUUAACUUCUAUGUUUUCCCAAAACCCUUCAGUAGAUCCUCACCAGAUGUAAAAUUUGUUUGUCAGAGCUCCAGCAUUGACUUUCUGGCAAGCCAAGGAUUUGAUUUUAAUAAAGUCUUUCGGAAUGGAAUUCCAUAUUUAAAUCAGGAAGAAGAAAGACAGUUGAGAGAGCAGUAUGAUGAAAAACGCUCUCAGGCCAAUGGUGCCGGAUCUCUGGCAUAUGUAUCUCCUAAUGCCUCAAAAUGUCCAGUGACGAUCCCUGAGGAUCAGAAGAAGUUUAUUGACCAAGUGGUAGAGAAAAUAGAAGAUUUAUUACAAAGUGAAGAAAACAAGAACUUGGAUUUAGAGCCAUGUACUGGGUUUCAGAGAAAACUAAUUUAUCAGACUUUGAGCUGGAAGUAUCCCAAAGGCAUUCAUGUUGAGACUUUAGAAACUGAAAAGAAGGAGCGAUAUAUAGUUAUCAGCAAAGUAGAUGAAGAAGAGCGGAAAAAAAGAGAACAGCAAAAACACGCUAAAGAACAGGAGGAACUGAAUGACGCUGUGGGAUUUUCAAGAGUCAUUCAUGCCAUUGCUAAUUCGGGGAAACUUGUCAUUGGACACAAUAUGCUCUUGGAUGUCAUGCACACAGUUCAUCAGUUCUACAGCCCUCUGCCUGCGGACUUAAAUGAGUUUAAGGAGCUGACAACAUGUGUUUUCCCCAGACUCUUGGAUACUAAAUUGAUGGCCAGCACACAACCUUUUAAGGAUAUCAUUAACAACACAUCCCUUGCAGAACUGGAAAAGCGGGUAAAAGAAACACCUUUCAACCCUCCUAAAGUUGAAAGUGCAGAAGGUUUUCCAAGUUAUGACACAGCUUCUGAACAGCUCCACGAGGCAGGCUAUGAUGCUUAUAUCACAGGACUGUGCUUCAUCUCCAUGGCAAAUUACCUAGGUUCUUUUCUCAGUCCUCCAAAAAUUCAUGUAUCUGCCAGAUCAAAACUCAUUGAACCUUUUUUUAACAAAUUGUUUCUUAUGAGGGUCAUGGAUAUCCCCUAUCUAAACCUGGAAGGACCAGACUUACAACCUAAACGCGAUCAUGUUCUCCAUGUGACGUUCCCCAAAGAAUGGAAAACCAGUGACCUUUACCAGCUUUUCAGUGCCUUUGGUAGCAUUCAGAUAUCCUGGAUUGAUGACACAUCAGCUUUCGUCUCUCUCAGUCAGCCUGAACAGGUGCCCAUUGCUGUCAAUACCAGCAAAUAUGCAGAAAGCUAUCGGAUCCAGACCUAUGCUGACUAUGUGGGGAAAAAACAGGACGAGAAGCAGAACAAGAGAAAGUGGACAGAGGAUGGUUGGAAGGAGGUGGAGAGAAAGCGGCUGAGCACUCAGGGUUUGUCCCACCCGCUGCAGAGCCACUAUUACCACCCCAACAGCUUUUCAGCUACCAGCAGAGUUGGAAAGAGAAAUCUGAGUCCUGGUCCAGGAGAAGACAGAGUAUCGGGGGAGAUUUCAGACUCUGAGCUUGAGCAGACAGAUUCCUGUGCAGAGUCCCUCUCAGAGGGAAGAAAAAAGGCCAAGAAAUUAAAAAGAAUGAAGAAGGAGCUUUCUCCAGCAGGGACCACUGAAGACAGCCCCGCCAAGCUCUUUGAAGUUCCUGACACGUGGUAACCAAGACCCGAGGGGCACACUGCUGGUGCUGUCCUGAGGAAGAGCGGCGGCUCCUCGAAGCCAUGCUGUACUUACCUUAAUAAAGCGUGUGUGGGAGGGUCGAA